UGCUUUGCUUCACAAGGGGGGGACUUCAUUAAUGUGUAUAAAUAUCUUAAGGGGCGGGGCCAAGAGGACGGAGCCAGGCUCUGCUCGGUGGUGCCAAGCGCAGGAGGCAAUAGGCACAAACUGAUGCACAGGAAGUUCCACCUGAGGAAGAACUUCUUUACUGUGUGAGUGACCGAGCACUGGAACAGGUUGCCCAGAGACGCUGUGGGGUCUCCCUCGCUGGAGAUAAUCAAGAACCGCCUGAAUGCAAUCCUGUGCCAUGGACAACCCUGCUUGAGCAGGGAGUGGGACCAGAUCCCCCACUGCGAUCCCUUCCAACCUGACCCAUUCUGUGAUUCUAAUGAAGGUUACCAAGCCCAUACAGGUGUUUUACACGUACUCCAGAGCAGCCCGCCAGCAUAGCCUCCAGGGCGUGGAUAUAUCCAUGCAUCCAAUCUGCUACUGCUGUAAAGCAGCCCCCUACCUCGUAUGCAGAGCUUGCACAGGACUAAGGAAAGAUUUUUAAAAUAAGUUAGAUUUCCAGAGGAGAAAUGUGAAAAGACAUUCAUCAGCUUACCAUCAGCUUAUUCAUCAGGUGUGGCCCUGCCCAAGCACACUGGCACACACUAACCCUGCUGAGGUACUGCACUCCAGAGAAGGACUCUCCUUCUGCUCGUUCAAUAACAAGAUCAUUUUAGUGUGACAUGCAGAGGAGUGGGCUUCCCUCCAUGUCUAUCUGUGCCCUUAGAAAGCGAGGCUAGAAAUUACUAUUGUGUCAGACUCCAAAGCAGGGAGGAGGAGAUUUAAUGAGAGCUGGGUCAUCUCCCUAGUUUGCUGGGAGAAUCACAGUCCUGCAACCUCUGGCCACAACCCUGGUCUUUCUGUCACUGGGUCGUCUCCUCACCUGGCCAUGGCAUCUUUGAAGGCCGCCGACACGUCCUUCUUCAGCCUGAGCGGCGUAAGAGAGAGGAUGCGGGAGAAGAAAAAGGGUGCCUUGAGGACUGCGAAGUUGAAUGCCUCGCUUGUAUCCAAAAUCAAAACGAAAAUCAUUAACAACUCUUCUACUAUUAAAGUGUCCCUGAAGCACAACAAUAAAGCAUUGGCUCUGGCCCUCAAUGCAGAGAAAGCCAAUGCACAGCGGCUCACCCGGGAGAAGGCCAUCUUACAGAAGGAGGUGGAGCAGUGCCACUUCCAGAACGCUGUGCUGCGGCACAGGCUCUCCUUCCAGAAUCAUAUCUUGAAAGAAUUUGAAAAUCUUCUGGCUGCAGUUAAGACGGCCCGGCUGUCUGAGUUUGAUACAAAUUCUACAUCCUUGCCCAGUGACCAGAAGAGCAGCAUGACUGAAUAUUGCUGGGCUGAUGAUAUUGCAGAUGGUCAUCUUUUGAGGGUUACAGGGAUACCAAUGAGGGUGCCCAUUUCCAAGCUGUGUGAUGCAGGACGGCAAGGUGGCAGCUCCACAGCAGUACAAACAUCCUCAGGAGAACUUCAGAGACCUGCUUCUAAUGAGCCCCUGAAAAUUGUGCCUGUUGCCUCCAAAGACACUUUGCCACCACAGCAUGCUGAGGAACCUCAAUCCCACCAGGAAGAGAAUGGGAAGAAGUUCUCUGAAACAAAGGAAACGCAGGAGGCUUUUCAUGACUCUUGCAUCUUUGGAGAGGUCUUGUGCACCACCGAACAAAACCCCAACAGUUCCCCAGCGCUUGCCUGGCAAAGUCAUCGUCUUUCGUGUGAGGCUGAUGAGAUGGCAAAACAUUUCCUUGAUUGUCUCUCACAAGGGCACGUUACUCAGAGGAGAAAGCACUCCACCCUAUUUGCUACAAGCACUCCAUCUUCUGGUGUGGGUAUCUUCCCGCGUGUCAGUUCCACUCAGGCUGCUUUGUGUAGUAUCACAAAGGACAGCAGCAGCUCCAGCAACAACAACACACAGCAACAGCUGAAAUCACCCAGCUCCCUGGCUUCACCUACGCAAACCAAUGUUAUUUCUGAUAGGAAAUCUGUGGGUAAAGAGACUUUCUGUGAUCAGCCACAGGCUAAAGAAACUGAGUGUGGUGUUGAAACGGACUCCACCUAUAGCCAAGUCCCUGAGUUUGUUCCUAUAAAGGUUAAAAGCAAAGGCAGUCGUAAAACUGGUGAGAAAAUGACUGUUAAAAGAGCAAGUACAGGAAAAAAGAAAACAAACGCAACUAAAAACAGUGCAGAAAGUAGUCCUGAUAUAUCUCAAAGUGAAGAGUGUGCUCAAAAUGCAAAGAAACUUCUUCAGCCCGAAGUUGCAACAUGCUCUACUGAGUCUGAAGUUUGUGAGGUGGGACAAAAGGCUUGUGUGGGGGCUUCUGACAGCAAGAACAGAGACUGUAGUGUGGAGCACCAUUCCCACUCUCCUGAUAGAAUCCGAGAUCUUGAAAGUACCUUUGUGGUGAAUCCAGCACAGCUGCCCAGUCUUGAAGGUGGUGACUUAAUGCAACAGGUUAAGAAGGGACCUAUCUUUGAGAUCCAAAAUAUGGAGAGAUUAUUAGAAAGCCCAGUUCAUACUUUUUCAAGUCAUGAAAUUCCCUCAGAUGAUUCCAGUCCCCAAAAUUCACUUUUCUUCAGGAAAGAGACCUCAAGUGCCUGUGCUUUGCAGGAGGACUCAAGUGCGAGCAGAAAGAGCAUCAGACGGAAAACCAACAGAAAAACUGGAGUAAUUAGGCGAGUGGUUGAUUCUGAUGAGGAGUAUCUCCCAAAGAGUGUGAAAAUACGAAAGGCCAAAACUGAAGAACAUCCUAAAAGAAGCCAGACAAGGAGAAAAACUGUCAGGUUAAGCAAUUGUGAUCAGAGAAACGAAGUUGAUGUUUCUGGGCCCUGUACAGAUGUUCAAGGGGUAGCUAAGGAGAGCACAAAGGAUUUGCCUGGUAAUGUUAAAUGUAGCAGGAAAACUUACAUUAUCCAUCCUUUGGAUCUUGCAGGAGACUUGGGUUGCGUCCAGACAGAAUAUGAUGGGGGUGAAAAUGUACCUCCCAGGUCAGUUCCUGGGAUCAAAGCUAGCAAAAUCCCCAGAGCUGCUAAGAACUAUCAAAAGAGCAAUAAAAAACAGACAAGGGGCCUUCAAGAAGAAAGGCAAGCUAAUGUUGACAACAACAUGAGUGAUUUGAAAAAAAAAGCCUAUUGCAAACCCAAGCCUCAGAGGAACAACUCUAGACCUGCAGAGUCUGAUACCCUGGCCAGACAAAGUGAUGGUGCCGAUGUUCUCACUGGAAGUUCAACGGAACGUGCACCCAAGCAAACUGUCCCUAUGGGGAAGUUUUCCUUCAUUACAGAUCUGCUGUCUGAGCCAGAUGGCUUCCUGGAGGAGCAGAUACCUGAGAUAUCACUUACAAAUACUCCUAUGGACCUUUUUAACAAUCUUGAAUCCUCCUCUAUGACCAGUUGUGCAGCUUUGCCUGUCAGCUCCAGGCUUACUGAAGUACUAGUUUCCAAGAGCUUGGGUGCUGAGGGCAACAGAAUGCCAGAAAAAUCCCCUGUUUGGCUGAAAAACUCCCUGAUAUUUAAGGAGAAGACUGCAGAGGAAAUACCCAGGGAAACAAGUUCUCAGUCAAGUUCUCAGAGCUCACCUUCACAGGAACCUGAGAUCAGACCACUACAGGACUUGAACAAUACCAGGAUUCUGUCCUGCUCCACCUCAGAAGAAGUAUCAGGGCGCUUAUCCAGGCGGAGACGGAACCCAGCCUGCUAUACAGAACCAAAACUCAACAGUAAACUGAGGCAGGGCGACCCAUUUACAGACACUGCGUUCCUCUGCUCUCUUCGCUGCAGAAGAAAAAAGAAUCCUGUUAAAGCCAAGGGAAGGACCCAGAAGAUGAAAGAGGAAGAAGAAUGGCUUCCUGAAGGAUGUCCCAGUGCCAAGCACUUCAGCAACAUCCAUCAGUUCAUGAGGAUAGACUGGGUCUUGCUGUACUCUGCAGAGUCCUCCAGAAGAUGGAAACUUUGUUAGUACAGAGGGAAAAGAGUGUCAUCUGCAGUUGGGUAAAUGCUACCACAUUGCUUAUACAUAAGUAAUAGUAGAGAGUCAUUAAAACUAGCAAACGAAAAGCAUAAGAUUUAAAAAUGCCCUCUUAUUUGUUCAGCUUCCUCAAAGGUACCAAGCUGUCUCUGGUACUCUGUAACUCUGGAAGCCAGGUAGGAACAAUAAAUAACAGGGAAUUUGUUAGAGGUGCUGUUGUAGUAGGACCUGCCUGACUGUGUUGAACUACUGAUGUCAGAAGCCAGGCGGGAACAUGGAUCUCCAGCUGUUCCCAGUAAUUGUUUUCAUUGCCUCUAGGGAUCAGAAGUGGGGCUUUUUCCAGCUCUAUGUCUUAUGUGCUUGUACUGACAACAGAAUUGUAGACUGCAUUCAUUCCUAUUAAAGGUAUAGUGACAGUUCCUAGCAGUUAUAGAGCUGUGUUUCAAACACAUUGUAAUAGGGAAAGGUGUGAGAUAUACUGGAACGUGAAAAACUAGACACCGUUGCUAGCUCAACAAAAACCAAUAUUUAUUACCAAAAGGCGGCCAAGAAAACGAACAAACCCAAAAGGGAGGAAGGAGGAGAGAAAUAAGCCCCAGUUACCCAGCUGUUGCCCAUAAAGUUAUCUUACCAACCUAGCAUGCCUAUAACUACCCAUAGCAGAAGCUGCAUCCUUGGGGAGUCCGUAAGUUCACAAACUGGCAAGCGUCCCUGCCAAAGGCAAC